UGCAAGGCCCAGGUCCCUGGAAAGGGCCUCAUGGCCGCGGCAGAGGCACAGACAGACCCGGCACUGGCACCAGUGACCUUCAAGGAUGUGGUUGUGACCUUCACCCCGGAGGAGUGGGAAUUACUGGAUCCAGCUCAGAGGACCCUGUACCAGAAGGUGAUGCUGGUGACCUACAGGCUCCUGGUCUCACUGGGGCAUCCUGUUCCCAAACCAGAACUGACCUACCUGUUGAAUCCUGGGCAAAAGCUAUGGAUGGUGAAGAGAGGCUUUUCCCAAAGCUCUUCCUCAGGUGACAAAGCAAAAACCAAGACCACAGAGACUACUGCUUCUCAGCCAGCCUUGUUUGAUGGAUGCUUAGUCCAAACGUCACUGACUCAGGAAGGCUUCAGUGUUUCUACUUCGGGGCAAGCCAGGAAACCAGAAGGAGUAUCAGAAAAGCAGGGAGGGCACAUGAGGACAGGAACAGUCCUUCACAAGAAAACCCUCCCUGGAAAGGUGAACCCUGACUGUGGUGAUUUGGAAAUAUGUGACAGUCUGUGUUCAAAAGAUUUACAGGAUAGAGUGUCUACAGCAAAUGCUUCUCAUGAGUGUGAGUCACGUGGAUCAAGGGAAGACCCGUUGUUUCAUGGAGGGAAGAAUGCCUACAGAUGCAAAGCAUGUGGGAAAGGGUUUGUCAAGAAUCACUUCCUUGUUCGACAUCAGCGAAUUCACACUAGAGUACAACCCUAUAAAUGCAAAAAAUGUGGGAAGCCCUUUCUCAAGAAAGCAGACCUCACUGGACACUACAGCAUUCACAUUGGGGAGAAACGCUAUGGGUGCGUCGAGUGUGGGAAAGCCUUCAGCCACAGGUCACACCUCACGGAGCACCAGCGGAUUCACAGUGGAGAGAAACCCUUUGUAUGCAUCGAGUGUGCGAAAGCCUUCAGCCGCAGGUCACACCUCACGGAGCACCAGCGGAUUCACAGUGGAGAGAAGCCCUUUGUGUGCCUCGAGUGUGGGAAAGCCUUCAGCCGCAAGUCACACCUCACGGAGCACCAGCGGAUUCACAGUGGAGAGAAGCCCUAUGUGUGCGGUGAAUGCGGAAGGGCCUUCGCCCACCAGUCUGAUUUCAUUUGGCAUAAGAGAACCCACGCUGGAGAGAAACCCUCUGAGUGCAAAGAAUGUGGGAAAGCGUUUAGUGACAGCUCUUCUGUAACUCGACACAUGAGGUGUCACUCUAGGGAGAAGCCUUAUGAGUGCAGUGAGUGUGGAAAGAUCUACAGCUACAGCUCAACCCUCACCACCCAUCAAAAGAUUCAUAGUGGGGUGAAAUCCUACGAGUGUAAGAGAUGUGGAAAGGCCUUUUACCAGAAGGCAGAGCUCAGACAACAUCAGAGAUCUCAUACUGGGGACAGACUUUUCUGAAGUAACUAUUGUGGCAAAUAGUUUGGCCAGAGGAAAAAUGUUCCUUGGCAUAUGAGAGUUCAUACCCAAGAGAAGCCCUGGCCUCCCUCACAUGCUCAGUUCUUGCUUGACUGUGGUGUUACCUUUAGCUAGAGCUGAGCCCUUGCACUGCAGAAAUGGAGGCCAGUCUCUCCCAAAACAUGACUUGGUUCUCAGCAGAGGGACCUUCUUUCCACACCUGAAAGCUCUUUGCUAUGACGUGGCCCAUACAGAGACCUGGGACUAUUUGUCCCAGAGCAGGAGUGGUAUGCAUUUCAGUGGAUGAAGGACCCCCUUCCCUAAUGGCCUGUGUCUCCCUAUCUAAUUUUCUGUGUACAGAGGGGCCUGCUGUGUUCUUGCUAGUAUGAUGGGCAGGAGUCAUGAGAACCCCAUCCUUUAUCCCCAUUACCUCACACAGUGUCCUGGGUCCUGGGUCAUGGAGACACAUCGGUGAUUGAGACGUGGGUUUUGCUGUUUAGAAUGGGAAAUACACAUGAUUACACACAGGUGAGGUAUAUCAACUCUGUUGCCGUGACAGUAACAUGCUUAUGAUCCCCAUCCAGCAUAAUGAAGAACAAGGUCAAAACUUAGGUAUGGAGGGGCUCCCCUGGUGGCUCAGUGGUUAAGAAUCCGCCUGCCAAUGCAG